CCAAACACCGUUCGGGGAGCUCUGAUGCUAACGGAGCUCUGAUCUUGCCCAGGCCCCCCCUCCUUUCCCUCCAGAUGCAAGCUCCCUCCCCCCAGGCGUAUAAAAACGGUCACACCUUUCCCCCGGUUGCAUUUUUCUUGCAAAGGGAACAGCGGUGGGCGCAAACCGUUUCGCCUAUCUCCUGCAGACAGUCCCUGACGUUUCUCCCCUGCCCGUCCCUCGACUGAACUCCUGAGCGUCAUGGCCAGCGGCGAACUGACCGAGCUGGAGGCGGCCAUUGACAAAAUCGUCUGCGCCUUCUUUACGUGUGCCGGCCGCGAGGGCAAGAAGAACACGCUCACGAUCAACGAGUUCAAGGAGUUGGCCACCACCCAGCUCCCGAACCUCAUGAAGGAUGUUGUGGAUCUUGACGAGAAGAUGAGGACCUUGGAUGUCAACAAUGACCAGGAGCUGAAAUUCAACGAGUUUUGGAGGCUGGUCGGGGAGCUGGCCAAAGACCUCAAGAGGGAGAAAGUGGGGAAAAAGAAAUGAGCAAGGUGCAGGUGUGUUUGUGUAUGUGUGUUUGCAGGUUGGGCAGAUGGGUAUGAGCAGGACACUAUGUCCAGGGGUCCGCGGGGGGGGGGGGAGGAGACACAAGGAAGAGCGCUGCAGAUGGUGCAGAAAUAAAAACCACAUUGUUCCAUUGUCGCAAAUAAAAACGUUUGCUCUGA